UGGUAAAAUGAUUAUUGCUCUUAUAGGAGGUUGAGGGUUUGAUCGGUAUUUUUUUUAUUGUUAACUAUUCGAUUCUGUUACUAACAGAAUAACAGAUUUUCUUAAACAAAAGUCGGCAAAGAAUUUUUAUACUGUACUUUUUUUUUUAAGUAAAAAUCAAGAAAUGGCUUUUUAUUUUUAUUUUUUUUAAGAAAUCAAGAAAUGCUAUUUUCUGUUUCUUGAUAACUAAUCCUAACUGCCAUACUAUUUCCUCUAUAUAUAAGCAUUUUUAUUCCUUCAUUUUACAACUAUCACAUCCCACAAAACUAUCAUCAAUAUACAUCAACUAGCGUACUUUAGUGAAUCCAAAACUCCAUAAAAAAUCAUCAAAACUCAGUUUGAAUCAUCCCUUUUCAAACCCAAAUCAUUUUUCUUGUUCUGUAUUGUUGUUAGUAAUGGCUUCUUCAAGUAAUGAUCCAGUUGUCGAGACGGAUCCGAGUGGGCGAUACAAAAGGUACAAAACGAUCAUAAGAGAAAGUGCUACGAAGAAAGUAUACAACGGCAUUGAUGGUGUUACUGGUAAGGUAAUUGCUUGGAGUAAGAUAGAAUUAACAGCGAAAACGUUAAGGAACAAGAACUUGCUCGAGCGUUUGUGUGCAGAACCUCAACUGUUGAAGUCAUUGAGGCAUCAGAAUAUAGUGAGUUGCUUCCAUUCUUGGAUUGGUGAUAAAAAGGAAUACAUUAACAUGAUUACUGAGGAUUUUCCUUCGGGUAAUAUGGGAGAGUAUAUCAGGAAACAUGAAAAAACUGAUAUAAGCGCGAUCAAGAAUUGGUGUACACAGAUUCUUAAAGGUUUGGAUCAUCUUCACAGGCAUGAUCCCAAGAUCAUUCAUCGCGAUCUUAACUGUGAUAACAUAUUUGUUGAUGGAAGCUCGAGCAUUGUGAAGAUCGGAGAAUUGGGUCUCGCGCUGAUUUUUGAACAGGGGGAUACUACUGUACAGAGUUUUUCUUGCAGACCUGAGUUCAUGGCACCAGAACUUCUAGAAGGAUAUUAUUAUAAUGAGCUGAUUGACAUUUACUCGUUUGGGAUGUGUGUGCUUCAGAUGGUUACUCGGGAAAGACCAUACAGCGAAUACAUUUACAAGUAUCAUAUUCGUGCAAAGGUUAAGUCUGGUGAAAAGCCUGCCGCACUAAGCAGAGUGACAGAUCCUGAGGUUAAGAAAUUCAUUGAGAAGUGUCUGAGUCCUGCAUCUGACAGACCCACAGCAAUUGAACUCUUGAAUGGUCCGUUUCUUCAACCGAGGCCAGAUAGAUUACAAGUGCAACCUAGGCCUUUUACGUUGAGAGGGAAAUCUUUGGGCACUGGUCCUUUUGAGAUGGCGUUGAUUAUUGCUAGUGAACAGCCGAUUAAAUUUGAUUUCCCGGUCAAUGAUACAACUCAGGAAGUCAUGAAGAAAGAAGGCUUGUCAGCAAGAAUGUCUGAUGCAGAAUUGUCACUGGUUUCUGAGCUUGUGGAAAAAUUGAAAACAGAACUGAGUUCUUCAGAUGUUCCCCGGAAAAAACUACUUCAGAUAACAAGUGAGAAGCGCGAGGUCAGCCCAGUUUUUCGAAUGACCACUGAGCAGGUGUCUGAAGUUAGGGAUAUGCAAACUGAUUGAGUUGACAGUAAAAGUCUAGCUUGUCUUUGAAUAGCAAAUCAGUGUCGUAGAUCUUUCUUUACUCAUACAAUUUCUCUGUUAGACGUAGCCAGUAGUAUAGAUUUUUCUGGACAUUUUUAAAGUCAAAUCCUUUGGUUGUAAGUUGUUUUGUGGACAAUUAAUAAAAGAACUCUAGGUUUGUUUGGUUGGUUUAUUUCUUCUCACUCGAAAACUUGUAGUUCCACGUUCUUCUAUGUUAGUGACACUUGUAAUUUACUA